GAGACAACAAUUCCACUUCUCUGCUAUCAUUCGAUAUCCCUGCGAACUUUGACUUGCUCUCGAGACGGUGAAUAUCCGAGGGAAGCUGAACGCUGCGUAAAUACUUUUCAAGGAGGAACCGGAGGCUGUUCCGUUCCACCUGGUGUACAGUGUUCGUGACGAAGAAAUGUCACAGGACGACGACGUCGGAUUUCUGUACAAAACAAUGAUUGAAAGAGACCCCAAGAAGAGAAGGGUAAAACCGGUUGAAUCAGCACAACAGUCUUUGAUUGACUUUGAUCUUGGUGAGAGCUCAGAUGAUAGUGAUUUUAGAAUCGAGGAUCAUUGCGAAGAAUCAGAUGAUGAUUCUGUAGAUUCUAACGAUGGAAAAGAAGAAGAAGAUGCAUCUGAAGAAUCUGACGAUUCAUUGGAAGAUCCAUUAUUGAGAGGAAAAGACGGUACUGGCUUAACUGUGGGAGAUGUGAUCGAGCAAGCUCGUCAACAAGCUCUGAAGGGUGCGCCUCUUGAUGAUAAACUAAAUAAAGUACUAAUUUGCUGUGGUUGCUUAGGAGACAGGAGUGAUGAUAUAAACGAAAUUGUAGAAUGUGAUGGUUGUGGAGUCAGUGUUCAUGAAGGCUGUUACGGCGUAUCUGACGUAGAAAGUUUUUCAAGCACUGAUUCUUUAUGCCAAUCGGCACCAUGGUUCUGCGAAGCCUGUAGCGCAGGAAUUGAAGAUCCAUCGUGUGAACUCUGUCCUAAUAAGGGUGGAAUUUUUAAAGAAACAGAUGUCGGAAAAUGGGUUCAUUUAGUGUGUGCUCUAUACGUGCCUGGUGUCGCUUUUGGUGAAGUCGAUCGUUUGUCAAGCGUGACACUAUUUGAAAUGGCAUAUAGUAAAUGGGGUGCAAAAACAUGUUCUUUAUGUGAAGAUUCGUGUUACGCACGUACCGGUGUAUGCAUUGAAUGUGAUGCUGGAAUGUGUCACACAUAUUUUCAUGUAACUUGUGCACAAAGAGAUGGUUUAUUAUCCGAAGCACACAGUGAAGAAGUCGAUCAAGCUGAUCCAUUUUAUGCACAUUGCAAAUUGCAUUCUGAUAAAUCCCUCGUUCGUAGACGUAGGCGUAAUUGGCUAGCUUUACAAAUGCGUGCACAGUAUCGGCAACAGAUUUUGAAGCAACCUAAUCAUUUAGAUUCAGAUGAACAACGUAGAAUUCAAAGAAAAUUGGCCAAGCACAGACACAAAUAUUUAGCUCACAAAGCAUCGCGUCCGCCACCAUGGGUACCUACGCAAAAGAUGCCACGUUUAUUAACUACAUCUGCUUCCGCUUGCCGUCAAUUGGCACGAAAAGCCGAACUAAUGGGUGUUGAUACGGCUGCCCUGGAAGCACAAGAGUCUCAACUGGUGGCGUUAGUAGAUGUUAGGAAAAAAUGGCAUAUUGCUCCCGCUUUCAGCGUAGAAUUUAUUGGUUAUUAUUUGGAUCGCAACUUACGCGUAACAUCAAUGAAGAGACGAUUGCAAGAACUUCUUGACAUUAACUCACAGUUAUUAAAUGAACAACAGAGACUUGAUAGAAAAUACGACGAAGUGAUGAAGGAUAAUGAGGAACAGAUUAGAGUGAACGUGACAUUGAAAGAAAAAAUCGAUUUGUAUCAUCAAGUACUUAAAUUCGCCGGUUUCGUGAAACCUCUGCCAUCGAUCGCCGAUCUUGUAAAGCCAAGAAUAGCACCCACGCUUGGUACAGGCUUAGGUGUGCCUACAGCAGCUGCCUUGAAGAUGGGUGUUGGAUUUCCACUCCCUGUGGGUAAAGGUGCUGAAGGUAUACGUGAGGGUAGAGUGUUGAGCAGCCAAGCGCAAGAACAAAAUCACAAAAGUGAGCUAACGACUUUACGACAUCAAUGCGGCAUUUGUAGACGUUCGACUAAUCAACAUCUUCUCGCUAAAUGCGACACGUGCCAUUUGCACUAUCAUCUAUCUUGUUUAAGCCCACCCUUGGCACGGAUGCCUAAGAAAACGAGACAAAUGGGAUGGCAAUGUUCCGAAUGCGAUAAGGAAUCCUCAGGAUCAGAAGUGGAACGUGUGGAUACAUCGGCACCACGUAAAUUAAGACAUUGUAAGGAUGAGGCCAACUCGACGCCUACACCACCACAGGAAGUGCAAGCAGCCAUGAUACCAAACACGCCUACCACAUCAAAAAAUUCUGUCAGUAAUGUAACAAACAUUACUACUCCUGACACGCAUACAACACCAAAGCUAACUAUUAAACCAGUGGGACCGCAACCGUCAACCGUAGAACCUACGCAAGUAUCUGAGUCGGUAUACAAUCAACAAUCUGUUAAUAAUAUCACCGUAAGAGAAGGUUCACCAGAAUACAUGGUAGCUUCUGCGGAUGGAACGGAAGUGAUUUCUCAAAGAAGUGGGAAAAAAAGGAGAGGGGAGAAGCAUAAAAGAUAUUCUCCAGAUCCGAUAACUGGAAUCAAACAGAGAAAAAGAAAACAUAAAAGAAAAAGUUUAGAUAUAGAAAAUCCAGAAAUUCAAAGCCAACCAGAGAUUCAUAGAAGGAUUACAAUAAAAAUAAAACCAAUUCGUCGACCGGAAGGACACACAGACUCGGAAUCGAGCCCGCAAAUGUUUGUGGCCACUUCGAGUACUGAAAUUACAUUGCCACCACCACCUGUGCCACCUCCGGCUGCAAAUGUACCUCCAAUAAAUGUAUCUGUGAAUAGCAGUGGUCGACUGUCAACGGGAACGAAGAGAGGGAAAGAUACGGACCUUAUGACACAAUGUAACGUCUGUGAUACUCCCGGCACCAACCAAAAUCUCGUUAUGUGUGACGAAUGUAAGAAAUGCUAUCACUUCACGUGCUUAGAUCCUCCUGUGAAAAAGUCUCCGAAAAGGAGAGGAUAUUCGUGGCACUGUGCCGACUGCGAUCCUAGUGCCUCUGAAACUGAGACUUAAUAUCAACAAUUUUCUAUCUGCAGCUCCAAUUCUACGUUUAUAUAAAUAAGACAUUCAGUGUUAUUCUGUUUUUUUUUUUUUGUAAGCAGGGACUCAGACCGAAAAAUUCGAUUCGGAUAACGGUCCGAGACUAAAUCCAACUUUUUUUUACAGUUAACCGAGUCCGGCUGGAUUUCGGUCCUUUUCAGUUUCUGUAUUCGGUAAUUAUAUAAU